UUUGAGCGCGCAUGCUCCGCGUUAUUCUUUUCUGCUUUGCUACCACCAGCAGUUUACGGAGGCAAGAGCAGCAGCUGCCACAGUGGUGGCGCGGGAGGGGGGACAGGAAGAAGGCAACCACGUCGCUGCCGCUGUUUUCUCACGGCGCGGGCUGCGUUUCCGUGUUGUCAAGCGAGGACGGAAUAGGCAGGGCAGGGAGGAGGCGACGGAAGCCGGCGUAGCCUUGCAAGGGAAUGGUUGUGGGGGCGUGUGACAGCCGGCGGCACAACCACCAUCGCGAAGCGCCGCUGGUGACGCUCCCGAGGCAGGAGUUGCACUGAGUGGAGGCCAGCAUCUGUGGGGGAGUUGCAGCGGGGCGGUCUGAGAGAGAAAGGGAGGAGGAAGAGAGGAGCGGAGCAGGGGACACAUGGUGGGAUGACAGCGGUUGUUCCCACUAUGCGAGCCUGGCAGGCGGGAAAAGACGUGGGAAGCUGAUGCUGUCGUCGCUGUUGCUACUUCUUGGUGAUUCGCAGGCACACGGGCGUGGGGAGUGAGCGAGCGAGCCCGGCAGGCAGACACGGACUCGGCUCUCUCGUUUGAUAGACGCGCAGCAGUAGCUGCGAGGGUUGUGUGUGUCUGUUUAGGGGGGGAGGGCCUGAGCCAGUGGCGAAGAGGGCCCAGGAUUAGGGCUUGGAAGGAGAAGCGCAGUGAGGCAAGGAAGGAAAAGCCUGGAAGGGUUUGCCUGAGAGGCCUUCCAGGAGUCGGGGAGAGGAAGGUAGUCAUAGUACUCCUGGCGGGGAUUUGAGAAGGAGGAAAGCAGACACCUCCCAGCUUUGCUUGAGAGUAAGUGAGCGUGUCUGUGCGUGUCAGGAGGAGGAGGAAACGGUGCUGCUGCGUAAAUUUCGCACAAUAUUUAUUUACUUAGUGUUCCCUCCUUCCUGUUCAGCUCCUUCCUCUUCCUCGGCCAGGUCCACUCCCUGCUCUAUCUGAUAAGGGUGCCUGCGUCUGCCCCCUUCGUUUUUGCGUUUGGCUUUCGGAAGCCUCUUUCCCCCGUUCAGUACUUCGUUCCUCCUGUGCGUACAUCAUUAUGAUAUUUGGAUGAAGAGAAAAUACAGAAAUUCGUUGUACCCGCCUGCCUCUUCCGUUCCUCUACUUGCCACUGCUGUGGUUUGUAUGAGGUGUGUGUGAUAAGGCGGGAGUAGGAGCCACGGCAAAAGGGGGGUGGAGAGGGGGAGGAGGAAGAGGAGGGUGGAGAAGAAUAGGGUGCGCCGCCGAAGAGACCAUGAGGAAAUUUAAGAUCAGGAAGGUGUUGGACGGCCUGACAGCGGGCUCGUCGUCGUCCUCCUCGGCUUCCUCCUCCUCGCAACAGCAGCAGACUGCAGCCCGGGAGAACGACAUCCAGGAGACGCUACAGUCCGAGCACUUCCAGCUCUGCAAGACUGUACGCCAUGGUUUCCCCUAUCAGCCUUCGGCCUUGGCUUUUGAUCCUGUUCAGAAGAUACUUGCCAUUGGAACUCAGACUGGUGCUUUAAGGCUUUUUGGUCGACCAGGCGUUGAAUGCUAUUGCCAGCAUGACAGUGGUGCUGCGGUAAUCCAGCUUCAGUUUCUGAUCAAUGAGGGAGCCCUUGUGAGUGCCUUGGCAGAUGAUACCUUACACUUAUGGAACUUGCGUCAGAAGAGGCCUGCUAUACUGCACUCCCUAAAAUUUAACAGAGAAAGGAUAACGUUCUGCCAUCUACCUUUCCAAAGUAAAUGGUUGUAUGUGGGCACUGAAAGAGGAAAUAUACACAUUGUCAAUGUGGAGUCCUUCAGUCUCUCAGGCUAUGUCAUCAUGUGGAAUAAAGCCAUUGAACUCUUUGGCUCUGGAACUUCAUCAGCCCUUGCAAGGUCAUCCAAGUCUCAUCCGGGACCUGUUGUCCAUAUCAGUGACAAUCCAAUGGAUGAAGGCAAGCUAUUGAUUGGGUUUGAAUCAGGAACAGUAGCAUUAUGGGACCUCAAAUCCAAGAAAGCAGAUUACAGAUAUACACAUGACGAGGCAAUCCAUUCUGUAGCUUGGCACCAUGAAGGAAAGCAGUUUAUUUGUAGCCAUUCGGAUGGCACCUUGACUAUAUGGAAUGUAAGGAAUCCUACCAAGCCAUUGCAGACAAUCACUCCACAUGGAAAGCAGGUAAAAGAUGGAAAGAAGCCAGAGCCUUGUAAACCUAUUCUUAAAGUGGAAUACAAAACUACCAGAACUGGAGAACCUUUCAUCAUCUUGUCAGGUGGCUUGUCAUAUGACACUGUAGGAAGAAGACCCUGUUUAACAGUUAUGCAUGGGAAGAGUACUGCUGUUUUAGAAAUGGAUUAUUCAAUAGUUGAUUUUCUAACCCUCUGUGAAACUCCAUACCCUAAUGAUUUCCAAGAGCCAUAUGCUGUGGUCGUUCUUCUAGAAAAAGAUUUAGUACUUAUUGAUCUUGCACAAAAUGGGUAUCCUAUAUUUGAGAAUCCCUAUCCCUUGAGUAUACAUGAAUCUCCAGUCACCUGUUGUGAAUAUUUUGCUGAUUGUCCUGUGGACCUUAUUCCAGCACUUUAUUCAGUUGGGGCUCGACAGAAGCGUCAAGGUUAUAGUAAAAAGGAAUGGCCUAUCAAUGGUGGAAACUGGGGUUUGGUCACACAGAGUUAUCCAGAGAUCAUUAUUACUGGGCAUGCGGAUGGAUCAAUCAAGUUUUGGGAUGCUUCUGCAAUAACAUUGCAAGUGCUAUACAAACUAAAAACAGCUAAAGUCUUUGAAAAAUCACGAAAUAAGGAUGACAGGCCUAGCACAGACAUAGUAGAUGAAGACCCAUAUGCCAUUCAGAUCAUUUCAUGGUGUCCAGAAAGCAGAAUGCUGUGCGUAGCAGGAGUUUCUGCACAUGUAAUUGUUUACAGAUUCAGCAAACAAGAAAUUACAACAGAAGUGAUUCCGAUGCUUGAAGUACGGCUAUUGUAUGAAAUAAAUUAUAUAGAAUCUCCAGAUCCUGAGCAAGUGCCACCACUACCUGCUCCAGGCACAGGUUCUAACCCUCAGUCCAUUGUUCCCCAGUCUCAUCCAUCCACUAGCAGCAGCUCAUCUGAUGGUCUUCGUGAUAAUGUCCCAUGUUUAAAAGUUAAAAACUCUUCCCUCAAACAGUCUUCGGGCUACCAGGUUGAGCUGGUUAUCCAGUUAGUAUGGGUGAGUGGAGAACCACCUCAACAAAUAACGAGCCUUGCAAUCAACUCUGCCUAUGGUUUAGUAGUUUUUGGCAAUUGUAACGGCAUCGCAAUGGUUGAUUACUUCCAAAAGACCAUACUCUUAAACCUUGGCACUGUUGAAUUGUAUGGUUCUAAUGAUCCUUAUAGGAGGGAACCCAGAUCUCCACGUAAAAGCAGACAACCAUCCGGAGCAGGUCUUUGUGAUAUUAAUGAAGGUACAACUGUACAAGAGGAUCGUUGCAAGUCACCAACCUCAGGUUCUGGUUCUCCCAACAAUUCUGAUGAUGAUCAAAAAAUGAAUAAUUUUAUAGAAAAGGUGAAGACCAAAAGCAGAAAGUUUUCCAAGAUGGUAGCCAAUGAUAUAGCAAAGAUGUCUAGAAAAUUAAGCUUACCAACUGAACUGAAACCUGAGUUAGAUGUUAGAGACAACUCCUUCAGCAGAUCCAGGAGUUCUAGUGUAACCAGCAUUGAUAAGGAAUCCAGAGAAGCAAUUUCAGCUCUUCAUUUCUGUGAGACUUUCACACGGAAAGCUGAUACAACACCUUCGCCAUGCUUGUGGGUUGGCACUACAUUGGGUACAGUUUUAGUCAUUGCAUUGAAUUUGCCCCCAGGAGGAGAGCAAAGACUACUUCAGCCAGUAAUUGUAUCUCCCAGUGGAACCAUACUAAGGCUUAAAGGGGCAAUCCUGAGAAUGGCUUUUCUGGACACUACAGGAUCAUUAGUUCUACCAGCAUAUGAAGCAUGGAGAGAACCCAAUGUUCCUGAAGACAAGGAUGAAAAGGAUAAAGUGAAAAAACGCCGGCCUGUCUCAGUGUCUCCAUCCUCCUCUCAGGAAAUCAGUGAAAACCAAUAUGCAGUGAUAUGUUCUGAAAAGCAAGCAAAAGUUAUUUCAUUGCCUUCACAGAACUGUACUUACAAGCAAAAUAUAACAGAGACUUCAUUUGUCCUCCGUGCAGAUAUAGUGGCACUGAGUAACAGAAUCUGCCUUGCUUGUUUCUGUGCCAAUGGACAUAUAAUGACUUUUAGUUUGCCAAGUUUAAGGCCGCUGUUGGAUGUAUAUUACUUACCACUUACCAACAUGCGGAUAGCCAGAACAUUUUGCUUCACCAACAAUGGGCAGGCUUUGUACCUUGUCUCACCUACAGAAAUCCAGAGAAUCACCUACAGUCAAGAAACAUGUGAAAAUCUGCAGGAAAUGUUGGGUGAACUCUUCACACCAGUAGAAACACCAGAAGCGCCAAACAAGGGGUUCUUCAAAGGCCUAUUUGGAGGUGGUGCACAAUCACUCGACAGAGAGGAACUCUUUGGAGAAUCAGCUGCUGGAAAGGCAUCAAGGAGCCUUGCCCAGCAUAUUCCAGGUCCUGGUGGCAUUGAAGGGGUCAAAGGAGCAGCAUCUGGAGUAGUUUGUGAGUUGGCACGAGCAAGAAUAGCACUAGAUGAAAGAGGGCAGAAGUUGGGAGAACUGGAGGAACGAACAGCAGCUAUGUUAGCCAGCGCCGAUUCUUUCUCAAAACAUGCGCAUGAAAUGAUGUUGAAAUGCAAAGAUAAGAAAUGGUACCAGUUCUGACAAUGCAUUUUCAAAUGCAUUUAUGUAACUUUACCUUGAAGAAAGCUCUCCUUUUCAUUAACAUCGGCAAUGGUGUCAGCCAAUGGAUACUAAUCUUUCCUAGCACAAAUUACACACUGUUUUACCUCAGUCAUACAGCUUUAACUGAGGGUCGUUAUAUUUAAAACUGGCACCCACACAGUGUGUGUGUGUCCUUACCUGUGGGCUGACUGGGAGCUUGGGAACAGAGUCAACAAGAGAAGACAUGGACAAAAAGGAAAAUUUGGUAUCAGAUGAGCAGGGGCAAUGCAGGAUCUAUCCUGUGUUAAUAUUUCAUAUGCCAAAAGUUUUUGUGAUAUUGUUGUUGCUACCAGUGUUUCACCCUCCCAUAGGAGGCUGCAAUAAAUCAGGGGUCCAAAAGUAAAGUUGUUCCUCUUAGGAGACUACUAGUAGCUGAUCUCCAUCUUCCCUCCUUAGAGCACAUCAUUAUAGCUGUUAUUAGAAAUAACUUAAUGCCACCAAUUUUCUGAUCUGAUAAACAAAGUAUGCGAGCUCCAUCCUGAAUCUAUACAUAGAUAUGUACAUACUAUCUUCUUGGACCCCUGAAAUAGUAUUCUUGUAUUUGCAUCAUCAUACUGUGGCUGUAUUUGGAUGUCACUAUAAAUCAAAGCUUAUUGUGACAGGAAUGAACAGCAACAAGCCUUGUAUCUCUUGUAUGCCCUUCUUUGUUGUAGCCGCAACAGGAUGAUUGGAAGCUUUUGAUUAACUGUAGCUUGUCAGUUUUUGGCUGAACCUGACAUACUGUGGUUAAUUUUUAUCUAUGGUUUAUUUGUUACAAACUAAUUCCAAACCAUAGAUUAUAAAGCUAGCUUGUUUUGACCAACCAUUGCUACACUCAGUUGUGGUUUAGGAUUUGAACAUAACACUAUAAACUGAAGUCAAGCAAAAGCUUCUGAAAUUCUCUCAGCCACUCAGGUAGACAAGGGAAGUAGCAUGUGAGGUAGAAACUUGCUGUGAGGCUGAGACUUGCUGCAGCUCAUUCCCGUCACAAUAAACUGACAUCUGAACACAGCCAAUGUCAAGUGCAAAACAAGAGGAAAAGUUUUUUUGCAUUGUAAAAAAAAGUGAAUUGCAUAUCAUGCUGAAAGUUUUCAUUUGUGUUAUGGCUGUGUAGUGUGAAAAGUAAAAACGUCUUAUUACAAUGAGAAAAAA